AUGAUCAAGGUGGUGGGGGGAAACAGCGGCGGGGGGUGCAUUGCUCCUGUGUCCGAAGCAGGGCUGGUGGUCGGGGUACGGGGACUCAGCGGUGCGGUGGAUACGGUGGAUGCCAGCGGCUGCGGGGAUGGUCUGCCACUUCGGUCCGGGGCAGCUGAAACGGGCCCGGCGGAGUUCCGUCGGACUGCGUCCCGGAGAAACCUCCUGCGGGCGGCCGAGGACGCGGGCCGGCUCUCCGAGCGGUGGUCAAGGCGGGUUCCGGGACACCGCGCGCGACCAGGGACCGACGGAGACGGGUCCCCUCCGCCAGUGCCAGGCCACACGGGAAUCCCACUGUGCGCCGGCAGGGAGGUGUUCUUAGCGCCAGCACCCGGUGACGCCCGGGAGCUGGUCGCCAGAAGAGCGGAGGCUACCCGGUCCUCGAGCCGGCACGCCGCGAGGGCACCGGAGGACGUGGACGAAGGCCCGGGGCUCCGCCGGGUGGCCGUGUAG